GUUAUUUGCACGCCCCUCUCUUUCUUCCUCUUCUCAAGUGACGUUUUCAUGACGCUCGUGACGCGUUCAAUAAGCAUCGGCCUUUAAACUGACAACGCCAGUAGAAGGUGGAAGAACUCCCAGAAGACCCGCGAAAGGAGUACCGUGUUUACGUUACGCAGGUCACAAGUUUCAAAUCACUCCUGACGAAACGGACAACGUUUGCACGAUAAUAACGCGGGUAUAGUACGUGGGAUUUUAGUGAAACCGAGAAUUUUACGCUCCGAGAGAUGAACGGGACGCAGGCAAAAAUUGUUACGUGGACGGAACUGAUACAGUCGGAGAAACUGCGGGAGGUGUUGGAGGAUGUUCAGAUGACUAUCCGCGUCCGACCGGACAGCAAGCUGAACGACGGUAUAUUUAGAUUGCUAUUACGCUUAUGUCGUGUGGCGGACAAAUGUAAUAAGCAGAACUGCGAGACCGGGAGAGAUAUCGCCAAAUUAGCCAAAUUGCUUUGCUCAUUGUUGAUCGAGGUACCUGAUGACAACAACUUCGUCAAAGCUCUGUUCAAAAUUGUUCACUGCUUAAUUACUUUUAAUCUGUACGAGGACGCGGCGGAGAUAUGUGGUUAUUUGCAACCUGGCAAUUUGUACAAUCCUCAAGACGACACCAGGAAUCUUCUGAUAAAAGUGUUGUCCUUAUGGCGUGUCUUAGUUAACGACAUAUAUCUCACUCUUACGAAUAAAUCUUUGAACUUAGAGAGUUAUAAUAAACUGAAAAGUGUCAUAAAGCACGAAAUGAAAAUGACGCAGAUAGCAUAUAAAGAUUAUACGAGCCAUUUGAUUGUGGAGAUGGGCAAACAUUUAGAUAGAAUAUCAGCUACUGAUAAAGGCAAGGAAUAUUUUGAUGAUUUUUGUAAAUUUACAUUGGAGUACUUGUCAGGAGUGCAGUUAUAUUUAGACAAAGAUGAGAAAUACAUAAUAUAUUGUCGUAUACUUUGCAUCAUAUGUCGUGUGAUAUGUAGGACAGUUAAUGCAACUGGUAUUAAAUCUACGAUAAAAACGUUAGAUGAAUUAUGUAGUUAUUUCGAGACUCUCCUGGCGAAAGACGAGGAAUGCUGCCAGUGCUUUCGACAAUUUCGAAGCUUGUGUACGAGUCUUUUAGUGCCAAUGGAAAAUCUUGUCGAUAGUGCCAAAAAUAUAGAAAAUAUUAUUUAUCAUAACUUAAACAUCGCGCAGAAGUACGGAUAUGAGGGAGGUCUUAAAUGGAAUGCAAUCAGUAUUAUGGAGAUAGUUGAGCCCACGUUCACUUACUGGGAAAAGUGUGUGGAAACUAACAAGCACAUGCUCGAUCGUUUGCUUGACACUGGCAUCUUCCCAAAACUAAUGAAUUUAUUCAUACAUAUGCAUGCAGAUGAGUUUUACAACAAGCAAGUGUCGAUCAAAUGCAAGUGGUGCCUGGACAAACAGUGUACAGUUAAGAGGGAUUUAUACAAUGCUAUAGCGAUGAAAUGUAAAUGCGCCAGUUUAGUGUGUAAAUUUCCUGUUAAAACUUUGCCAGCAGAAGUGUGCGCUGUUACUCGAAAAAUCUUGGAGCAAAACGUUGAAUUGAUUAUUCGUGAAAUGAAGGAAAGCGAAUGUAAGCGCUGGACACAAUCGUGGAAUAUUUGUCGUAAUUUAAUUUAUAAUAUAGGCGUACUGUCCGAACACGUAUACGAGGAAAGCGUGAAUUCUUUUUCCUUUUUAUGUACUUGUAUCAUUCAAAUCGAAGGAAUCGAAUCAAGCUCUAUGGAUCUUGAAAAUUCCAAAAAUCUUGAAAAUGUUCUUUCUUUUGCAUUGCGCAGAUUAAGCGUUGUGCAUUAUAGAAACAAUAUGUAUAGGAAAGCUGUGACUGUGUGUGCAUUGAAUGGCCUGUUAACUUUUAAUCAGUCGAACACAAAAGCUUUUCAGACAUGGAUAAAUAUUAAGAAAAAUGCUCCCGAAGAUGUUGCAAACUUAACUAUGCUGAAGUGCUUGACAAAUGAUAAAGACGAGAUAAAGAAUGAACUGGGAUUUUCAAUCGAUAUUUCCAAAUAUGACUUGACUGCCUUGUGUUUGAGGGAGGCAACAAUUUUGUUGGAAGAACAGAUCACAUUUACAAAUGGCGUGGCUGCAGUUCUGGAAAAACUUAGGAAGCUACAGCCAAGUAAUCAGUAUGCACACACGGUGCAGUUAUUAGGAUAUUAUUUUUUAGGUUUGAACUAUGACAGCUCUAUUCUAAAAUAUCAUGAGCAAGCUAUACACGAUUUGAAGCAAAAUAAGUCGAAUUCUGUGGCUGUUCUGUGCUUGAAAGCUAAUUUAAGCCUUUUUAUGUUUGUGGAGGAGUUGCAUAUAAUGAAUAAGGAAACUCACUUGGAAAUGGAAAAUACAAAAUUUGCUCUAUGCGCCCCCAAGCUACGAGAACUAGCCGAAACCAAAUCUCCGAAUGUAAUUCCUGGUUAUACUAUGAUAAACGUUAAAAAGGAUACCAACCUUAUGUUGUGUCUACAAAAGAGUUUGAAGAAUUGGAAGCAACUGUUUAAAUACCAUUUUAAAAAAAUUGUCAAGGAUUGGGAACCUAAACUUAUACUUCGCAUGCUAAUAACAGCUGGUGAAUAUGCCCGGUUAUAUCGGUAUGAAGAUUGCGAAGCUGAAGUAUGGACAUUGGCAUAUAAGUUAGCAUCAGAAAUAGACGAUCAUACAAUUAUUUAUAUUACAGGUCGUUGCAUAUCAUUGAGACAAAUCAAUUAUGAUUGGAUUACUACUGCUAAAGAAUAUGUUAGAAAAUACAGAGAUUCUGAGGACGAAGAUGUAAUUGGUGCCAUUGCUAUCUUUUGGAUAAGUUUAGCGGAUCUUUAUUUUGAAUGUGGAAAGUUUGAUGACGCUAAGCAAUUACUUACUGAAGCUAGAAAUCUUCCAGGAAUUUCAUUUCUUGCUAAUAAAUCCGUGUAUCUGUUAAGUUUAGAUGUUAUUAUACGCAACAGCCAUUUUUAUAUUGUGGAACAUGAGGAUUAUAACUUGUACAUUGAGGAAAAUCGGCUUACAGCGAGGAGCUUAAAUCAAGAUCUGUUGACGAAAAAAUGGACAAAUCAAGUUACAUAUCUUUUCAGUUACGAUGUACUUUUUACUACUGGAGUUAAUUUAUCCUUAAGAAUAAACAGUCUAUUAUCUUUUCGUGGUAUUAGCCCGGAUUUAGUGCGACUCUUAAAGUCAGCACAGAGCUUAAAUGCGAUGCUACGUACUGCCGAACUAUUGAAAUCGCUUUGUUAUAUUGAUCUGUCACGUUUACAACUGGACGAUUGCGAGGUAAAGCUGCAGGGCCUCGAGCACAUGUUGAACAUCGAGACGUUUCAGUUGUCGAUGGAGUCCAAGUCCGUUGAAGCACCAUUCACUUAUCUCGCAGUGACUCCCACGAAGAUCGGAGAUCCUGUCAGAGAUAUGUCGCAGUAUGGCGCUUCCCCAGAGCUCGGGAAGAAAGUGUUUGACUUGCCGAAAUUCACAUUGCACACAGAUUGCGACUGCUACAAGUGCGGCAACGUUUCGUAUCAGUACAUGGUAUUUGCCACCACUUACAUCAGAGCGCAGCUAUAUGCCUUGCAAAAUCACACCGCGGCAGCGCUCGACCACUUCCACGGCGCUUUUGAAAUAAGGCGGAAACUAUUCGAAGAAGAAAAAUCAGUUCUGCCUGAAAACUGGCCUUGUGACGAAAUCGGUGUGAAGCGAUUUUCUUGGCAAAUACGUUUCUACAUUAUCGAUUAUAUACAGUUAUUGAUCGAUUUUUGUUACUUUCUGAAAACAAAGAUAGCAUCGAGACAAAAGGAUGCGUUUGAUAUUACCAAUUUAGCGAUCAAUAUAUGCUGCAAGUAUACAUUAGAGAGACAUCCCGUCUAUAAAACGGCUAAGGAAUUAGCAUUUGACAAUGAAUUCGAACUGGUAUUAGAGUCUUCAGACUUUAGUUCAAAGUUUAUGGUUCCGCAGCCACAUGACAUUGAUACAAGUGACCACGUAAAAAUCCCGUUUGAUCCAAGCAUUUGUGUCACGCCAUCCGUUCGGAAUCAACGUGCCAAGAAACCUGCUUCAAUUCGACGUAGAAAGAACCCAGUAGCUUUGAAGAUAACUAAAGUUAAUAUGAUUUGGAAUGAUGAUGAAGACAAAAAUUAAUGAUUAUUAUUUAUAAAGUAUAAUAAAAAAGAAGUUCAAACCCUGAAUUUAAUUUCCAUCCAUUCGAAAUAAUUUAUAAGCAAUAUAAGCAUGUAAACCCUACAUUUUUUAAAUACAAUAUAAUAUAAUACAAUAAGAUGCAUCUUCGAUUAUUUAUAAAAUGGACUUUUAUGUAAAAAUAAUUAUUUUGUUAUGCUAUGGAAUAUACGCAGUAGUUUUUUGUCAAAACUAUCUGCAUCUUACAAAAUUCUAUACAACAAAUUACUACUAUAGAUGGUUUCUACAUUAAUACAACGUUUUUACGAUGGUUUUUCUUUUUGGCACUUUCUGACACUGGAUCUUGUCAUUCUUGUCAGUCGUUUUUAACCGAGUUCUUCAUCAUUUACAAGUAUUUUGGGACAUUUACUUCGUAAAUUUUUAGGUUCAUUCACUGUGUGUCCGCGUUUUCUAUACUUUCUUUCAAUGUUCUGGUCUUAAAGAAUUUUCGUUAUGUAUUUCUGAGAAAUCUGGUUUUCUGAUUUAUUAACUUUUUCAGGUUUUUUUAUCAGCGUAGAAGAAUCGCUAUUUUCAUUUGUCUUUUCUUUUAUUGCCAUGUCAUUCAGUAACUCUAUGGCCUGAUCUAUAUUUUUAUUAUAAUCAGCGACUGUCAAUUGCUUCGUAUCUUUAAUGCUUUUUCUUGUCUUUGAUUUAAUUUUGAGAUUCCCUACAUUUUCUAUUAAUUUAUCAAUAUUUUCUAUCGUGGCAGGUAAAUCAGUCUUGUCUAUCAAGUUCAUCAAACUCUUCGAUAUAUCUAAACUAAAGACGUCAUUUUAAUCAUAAUGUCUCUUGUUGAUUUCUUUUGCGUACUGUUUCUAGUUUCAUUCAAAUUUUCCAAUUUUUUUGUCUCUUUCGACACAGAGUCUUCCAUAUUUAAACUAACUACACGUCAUCCGCCAAGUCUUCUUCCAAAAUUUUUCUUCUUACUAAAUUUGUACGCGACUUGAUUUUUCUAUUCGAAUACGUAGGUGGUGGUGACAAACUAUCGUCAUCUGACAUUAUAUUGUAUUUAAAUAAAUGUAGGGUUUACAUGCUUAUAAAAUAUUUCGAAUGGAUGGAAAUUAAAUUCAGGAUUUAAACUUCUUUUUUAUUAUACUUUAUAAAUAAUCAGUGAUUUUGUUUCAUGCAAAUACUUUAUGAACUGUGUUGACACUAUAUUUAGU